AUGUAUAUCUUCAACCCCCUAGUUACGUUAUUGGCAAUUGUUCCCGGUGUCCUCUGUGCUCCGGUUGAGCCUACAGUCCUUGACAAACGGGCUGAUGCUCAAUGGCGAGUAUUCCUUGUCUUCGAAUACUACAUCGUUGGCUCAAACUAUUAUACAGCUGCCCAGGUUAAUGCAGCCAGCGUUCGAGCAUGCAAUUACUACAAUGCAGGUACAGCGGUCGGCGGAUACCCUCACACGUACAAUAACUAUGAGGGUUUCACUUUUGCUGUGUCUGGACCGUACCAAGAAUUUCCGAUUUUGAGUAGCGGGUCUUUGUAUUCUGGAGGUUCACCUGGUCCGGAUCGAGUUGUUAUCAACACAUCGUGUAGACAGGCAGGCACCAUCACACAUACGGGGGCGAGCGGGAACGCAUUUGUUGCUUGUACUUAG